AUUUAUGUGAAAUAUUGUUUUUACAAAGGAAAAAAGAGGCAACCAUGAAAAAGAAAGACUAAAGAAACUGGAUGAAGAAAUAAAAGAAAUGAAAGAUGGCCUUUUACCAGAGGCCAAGGAAGGAAUGGACCAUUUUCUGGCAAAUAUCACCGCCAAAUUAAAAGUUGCAACAGAGGUUUGUAAGAGAGUCGAGGAAAAAGAAAACAAAGUAGAUACAGAAUUUAUAGAAAAAGAACGUGAGCGACGAAAAAGUGAUUGGACAGAAUUCUUGGCUCGUCAGUAUGAAACGUGUGACCAAGUGGAUGCCGAAUUUUCUGAACAAGCAGAUAUUGUAGCAAAACAUUAUGAAGAUCUUGAGAAAAAUCUAACAGCUAUAAACAAUGCUACUCCUUAACAUUCCUUUAAUGUUACUAAUGUCAGGAUUCUAUUUGAGUUUCUGUUGAUUUGAUCUUUUAUUGUGGUUUUUAUAUAUACACUGUACAUGUAAUAUAUAAUUGUUGAAUUUUAUAGGUGCAAUAAAUUUAACAUAUAAUUUUG